CCAAAAGACAGAACACACAGAGACAUAAUAUUAUAUAACAAUGGACCAUAGUUCAAUUGAAAUGUCACUGUUAUCAUUUAGUAGCCUCUGCUCCUCUUUAUUAGGAACCUUACUUGUGAUAGAACCACCAUGUGAGAGAGCUCUAAAACCUCUGAAACUAUUAUUUUCAACUUUACCUCUCAGUUCUCUAAAUUCACUUUCAACAUCAGAGAGCCCUAAUUUUUUUUUCAUUUAGACACUCAUUACACCAAAAGCCUUCAAUGGCAACUUAACCGAGUGAGUUUCUUGUAUUUUUGCUAUCUCUCUCUCUCUCUCUCUCUCUCUCUCUCUCUCCCUUGAACACUGUGGAGGCUUAAGGGUCCAUCACAUGAUAGAGACAAACUCUUCUGUUUAUAUAAGAGACAGCAACUCUUAAAUACCAAUUUAUGCAGGUCUCAAAAAGAUGUAUAAGAAUCAGUUGCAAGAGCUAGCACAGAGAAGUUGUUUCAAUCUCCCAUCAUAUACAUGCACAAGAGAAGGACCGGAUCAUGCUCCAAGAUUCAAAGCUAGUGUAAACUUCAAUGGUGAGAUAUUUGAAAGCCCGACUUAUUGUUCCACUCUCAGACAAGCUGAGCAUUCAGCUGCUGAAGUUGCUCUUUGUGCUCUCUCUUCCAAGGGUCCUUCAAAAUCUCUAACUGCUAAGGUUCUAGAUGAGACUGGGAUCUACAAGAAUCUGCUUCAGGAGACAGCACAUAGAGCUGGUCUUGAUCUACCGGUUUACACAAGUGUGAGAUCAGGACCUGGUCACAUCCCAACAUUCUCUUGCACUGUGGAGCUUGCUGGAAUGAGUUUUAAGGGAGAAUCAGCAAAGACUAAGAAGCAAGCUGAGAAGAAUGCAGCCAUUUCAGCUUGGUUCUCCUUGAGAAAAAUGCCAAGCUUGGACCCGCUGAGAGGUGAAGAGAAGGAACAAGAGGUAGUUGCAAGAGUCCUCUCAAGAUUUAGACCCAAAGAAGUGAAAAGAAGAGAACCAAACCAGUCAAGAAGAAGAACAGUCAUCAGAACAAUUCGUCAAAACACAACAACAACAACAACCACAAGAGACUUGUUGUGUGAGAAACUCGGAUCGAUCAAUCUGUAUACCAAUAAAGCUUCAUCUUCAUCACCAUCACCAUCACUACCACUACCACCGAGAUUCUGGCCUUCAAGAACAAAUCUCCCACAACAAGAAUCCAAAGUCAAAUCAUUGCUAGAGAAGUGUCAAGAAUACGCAGAGAGGAAACAGAGCCCAGAUUAUCCCAUCCCUAAGACAGAGAUGAUAAUCAAAUCGUCUCCUUUAUCAUCAUCACUGGAGAAAUCCUACUACAGUAAGCUUUUGCCGUUUUCAAUUUCUGGGUUAAACAAUCAGAAACUAGCUCCAGCUGUUCACAUCAGAUCAGUGAUCCCAGUUUGUUCAGCUCCCCCACCAAAACCCAAACCUAACCCUAUAAACCCAUCAUCACCAUCCACCACAAGGGAGCUGGGAAUCAAAAGCCAAGAGAAGACUCUGAGAUGCAAGAAUAUCGAAUUAGGAUUAGAAUCAAAAUCUCGAUCGAACCCAUGAUUGAAAGGUCGUGUCUUUAGAUAAACCCAAGAUUGAAAGGUCGUACCUUUAGAUAAACCCAUGAUUAAAGGUCGUGCCUUUAGAUAAACCCAAGUUAAGGAUUUGGCAAUAGAUUAGUGAAAAGGGUAAAAGACAGUCAUGGGUUUCUGUUUCUGUAUGUUCGUCGUGUAAACUUGACUUUUUUUGGAGUUUGUUUUUUGAAAUUUUA